GUGUACAUCCUUGAACUCUAUUUGGAUAGUUCAUUUCUUGGUCCUUAGAGACAAGCGGGAACCGAUAUGUAAGUACAUUUUAUCUUCUGUAGUUUUGUCUAUCUGGCGACUCAUAAAGUAUAUUCCUGCAAGAAGUUAUUGUAAUAUUCAGUAUCUCGCACCAUUACGUGAUUACGCCUUUUGAGUUUCAAGUAUGUUUUUACUUUUUAGUUCGGCGUGGGAAUCUCAUUUCUUUUAGUUUAUUUAGUUUUCACGCUUUUGCAAACGUAGUCCGUUCUCAGAUUUGUUUUGUUAGUUUCUUAGUAUAGUAUUAUUCGCAGGAAACAACCAUUAUUGUUUUGGGAAGGUUUCUUUUCUCCUGCAAACCCAAAUUUAAGUUGAUUUUAUUCCUUUUAUGAAGUAUAUUUAGUCUAAUAUUCUAGUUGGUAAAAUUUAUUAUUCCUGUAUUUCAAUAUAUAUAUUUCUUUUGUCUUAUUACGCGUUUUUGGCAAGGUGUUUAUACCGGAACAGCCUACGAAAAUGAAAAUAUGAUUGGAAUGUUAGCAAAUUUUUAUCGGUUAGCCAAACUAUAAUUGUAAUUGUACCUUUAGCUCUUAGUAAUUAUUUGUUACGUUGCAUUAUAUUUCAGUUUACGGUUCGAUUAUCGUCAAUAAAAUCACCAUCAAAGACUAGCUCCUAGUUUCGUGAUCAUAGUUGAUUCAUGGAACACUAUAAAAUACUUGAAUAAUAAACGCAAACAUCGAAAGAAAUUAGCUAAAAAAAGUAUUACUAAGAGAGAUGAGGAGAUCAAAAGCACUUAUAUUAGAAACCUCUCCAAUUGCAACUUGAUAACUGAUCAGAUAAACCUAUUAUCUAAAGGCUUGCGUUUCAUCCCAUCUCCACAUACUAACACUGUUAGUGUUAGAAAACAAAUUCUACGCGAUUUCAACCAAUUCGCGAGACGAAUGCGUCUCCGAUAUAUCUACCACGGUAGAGGAAAGAUAGAACACCCUUUCUAUGUUAAAACUAACUGGGAACCACCAGUUCAACGAUCAGUUACUCUUGAGAAAUAUCUUGAGGAAACAAAAAUUAAACUCUCCAUGAAACUCUCAGAAAUUGAGAUAACGAAACCUAAAGCUAACAUACCUAAAUCAGAACGCAAAGCUAUUAGACAACUUAAAGAAAACUCAGAACUAAAUAUCAAGAAGGCAGACAAAGGAACCACCACUGUCAUAAUGAACAAAACGGACAAGAUUAAAGAGGGCAUGACACUAAUCGAGGUCAAAGAACACUACAGACCCCUCGAGGAACCAAUGGUGGAGGAAACCUCUAAGAAAGUCCGAAAAAUUAUCACAGGACUCUACCAAAAGAAACACAUUGAUGAAAUGACAUUUAAUGGUUAUCUCGAACACCGAACCCUCCACGCAUUCCAGUUUUUUACACUCUUACAAAAACACACAAGGUCAACUUGUCAAGUCGACCAAUAAUCUCUGGAUGCGACUCCCCUACUGAGAAAAUUUCAGCUUUUGUUGAUAGUCUUCUUCAACCAAUAAUGAAAGAACAGCAGUCAUACAUUAAAGAUACAACUUCAUUGAAGGAACGAGAGUUCCACAAAAUGCAAUCCUUGUCUCAAUGGAUGUUACAAGCUUAUAUACAAAUACAUGUAUAGCAGCGUGACCAGGAGCCUAAAUCCUGACAACUUUCUCAAGUUAAAGAUAGUUUGAAUUUAGGACUGUAGUGGCAGUUUCAGAAUUUUACGUUGGCUGCCUUAUUGAACUUACGUACACACUGGUACUAACAGUUUCUGUAUGAAAAGGCCCUCUAUCUUCUUUUUAAUUUCCCAGCAGCCAAAUUAUGGAACACCCUAACAGCGUACAACCUUCAGAUCAACAAGGAUACCCCCUUGGUGCAUACCCUGCCAUAACUCAGCAACCAGCCCCCUAUAUACAACAGUCUCACCACACUACUGUGGUUUUGAAUCAGCAACCAGUGGUCAUACAAAAGGCUCAACGAAAUUGGAGUUCUGGACUAUGUGACUGCUUUCAAGACUGUGGCUCUCGUAAGUAUUUUCCCAAAGGCACUUAACUUAAAGGGGCUAUGUCACGCUAUUUGCCUAUCCUUUUAAAAACGUUUUAAGCUAAAACUAACUUGUCUUCGCAUCAAUAAUCGAAUUCCAUAAAUAAUGGUCCAGUUUUGUUAUUUAAGACUAUAAUUAGGCAUUCAAACUGCUUCCUUUCGUUUGUUACUUCGGAUGGCAAGGAUUGACAUGGAUUGAAACUUGAAAGGGUAAAAGCAUGAAGUAAUGACUUCAGCAAGGAGAAUUGACCUACGACAGCAAUAUUCUCCUGACACAGCCUCUUUAAAUAGAGCGACUCUCGUAUGGCCUAGAAAAAUGGUUUCGGUAAGUGUUUCGUUAUUUGUUUUAUCAGCCAAUGAAUGAAAAGAUGAAAACAUGGACUCUUCGUUUUCCCGCCAAAGAAAACCCUAAUAUGGAGAAGGCAUUGUUCGAUUGACCAAUCGUGUUGCAGUAUGACGUCAAAACGAAGUAUCGAUUGAUUUCUAGAAAGUUCUCGGGCAUAAAAUUUUUUCACCCGAACGUUCGCUUAAUCAACCAAAAGCCACGCGCGUUUGUUUCCGUUCUAUAAACCAAUCAAAUCGCUCUAUUUCUGUUCGUUUGUUGUUUCUGUUUUGUUCGCGCGUUUUCAUUUUAAGGUCAUACGAAAAUCGCUUUUAUAUCAUAGAGGAACUAAUUAUCAUUUUGUGUUGUCGUUACAAGAUCUCAGAGCCAAGAAUUAACAUUUUUUGAUUUUUUUUUGCUCCCAUUAGUUUUUCUUAGGCAAGAAAAUUUUGCCUAAUAUUUGUCUUAUCCUUGGGUUAAACUUAACCAUCCUUCGAGGAACCGUGCCCAGCUCUGAAAAGUCCUAAGUCGAGAGGGAGAGAAAUACUAAUUCACGUUUAACCCCCGGUAAAGUGUUUACGUCUUGAUAUAUUUCCCCGUCAUCUUUGUUUGUGUUUCAAGUGUUGAUGUGUUGGUUCUGUGCUUGUUCCCUGCUGAGUGAUGUUGCGUCCAAGUUGGGUGAAUCAUGUUGGUAUACCUGCUGCUGCCCUGGUUCAUUGUUGGGUCUCAGAAUCAAGCUGAGGGUGGAAGAAAAUAUUCAGGUAUGAAAGCAGAGGUUCUCACUUCUCAGUCCCGACAGCCUCCUACUGGGGAGUAGGUUGAAGUUAAGUACUAUAUAACAUAUAGAUUUAGCCAAAGCUAAAAGCGAACCUUUCGUUAAAACACUUAUGAACAAAAAAUAAAAUCGUGUUUAGUAACAAAGGCCAAGUAAUACGGGCAACAUUUUCGCUCAACUUGUCGCGCAACGUUGUGGCAUUGCAAGUUGAAAAGCGUUGUUGCCCGUAUUACCACCCUCGCUCUCAACUUGUCACGAAACAAAUUUCAAUUGCAAUGUUGCAAGUUGCGGCAACAUGUUGCGCAAAGUAUACCCGAGUUCUACUUUUUGCAACAAACUCUCAAUUUUUAACUUGCCAUGCGUCACAACGCUUGUGAUUGGUCGAUUUUACAGCCCCGGGAAGAUGGAAAGUAAACGCGCCCGCUUGACGCGCGGAGGGCAAAUUUAGAGUUCUAGACAGGAAGUAAACAUGGCGGAGGUUGUGGAAGUUGAACAUGAUGAAAGCCAAGAUUGUGAAUUUAUAAGUGAAAAAAAUGUCAGAGGCCCAAAGAAAAGAUUUGUGUGCAUACGGUCACGUGACUACACCAAUAGCCAACACAGCAAUACAGGAAACGUGAUUCAUCAACCUUUUUAAUCAACUGAAUACAUUCUUUUCGCGUUUGCAGGGCUCCCUUUGUAAUGAUUACUGUGUCGUUAAUUGUUGCGGGCCAUGUGUUCUCUGUCAGUUGGCUCGUGAGCUCAAAUACUUGCAACGUUGA